UUGUGUUGAAGUCCGUCUCCUCCCGUCCGGCUGCAGGUCGGAGCUGAGGCCGUCUCGGUGUCCCCCGCUUGAUCCGCGGGGUCACCGAGUCAUCAUGGAGACAGCAGGUGUAGCCCCGGGGGGGUGGAGGUCGGCGGUGGCGUUGUGUGUGGUGGUCGUCCUCCUCGUUAACGGGUCGAGCGGGUUAGUCUGUUACACUGCAGUGGAGUCACUGGACUUAGGCUGCCUCCUGCGGUGGACCUGUCCCCGUGCCAGUCCCAACACCACCUACAGCGUCCAGACCAAGACACAGGGGGGCCCCUGGCAGGACGUGUCAUGGUGCGUCCGGCUCUCGUCCCGCAGCUGUGACCUGUCCCGGGCCUUCUCAGACUUUGAGUUCUACAACGUGAUUCGUCUCGGCGUGCACCUCGGCCCCGGCUCCACCGCGUGGCUCAAACCACGAGAGUUCGGCUACAGCGACUUGAGAUUCAGUCGUCCCUCGGUCUCGGUCUCUCAGAGAGACGAGCGGCUGCUGGUGGAGGUGCGGUUCCCCUGCGCUUCCAACAGGAGGUGCUCUCCGGAGAGCUGCUGCCCCAUCUCCGAACUGACAGACCCCCGGACGACGGUGACUGUGUUCAACAAACGCCAGCGCUCAGAAUAUCAGACUCGUACGGUUUGGACCCAGGAGGUCGUGACCUUGGUCGAGUUCUCUGGUUUGUCUCCGGGUCAGAACUACUGCGCCGUGGCCAACUUCUCCCUCCCGGCCUUCUCCAUGGCGUCGUCUCCGAAGUCCAGACCUCAGUGCGUCCAGAUCGUCUCCAUAUCAGCGGCGCUGCCUGUGCUGGGUCUCGGCGUCCUGCUGGCGUCCCUGCUCCUCGCUCCGCUCCUUGUCGUGGUUCUGAGGAACCCAGGACGAGCUGCAGUGACUGAAGCUCCACCGAAGACUCCAUCCCCUGCUUGUGAUCCCGUCUCGUUGGACCCCCUCUCCCCGGUCCCAGUCGACCCUUGUGACAUCCACAUCGAGUUCCCUGAAGACCACAUGUCCAUGGAGACGUCCUCCAGCCUCCCCUCCUCCAGCCAGGACCACACCUCGUCCAGCAGUCCUCUCCAGCGGGACUGUGUGGCAGUGUACUGGGACAGCGGAGGGAUGGAGCUGGAGCGAGGCCUGGACUCUGGCCUCAGCCUCCCGCCUGUGUGUCUGUCCUCUGAGGAGACAUGUGACAAGAUGAGACUGAUACAAACAGACUGAGACACUGUCUUCAUGUCCAAAUACCUUGUUAUUCACAUGACACAUUAGGUUAUUUAUAUUGUUUUACAAGUAUUGGUCAGUAUGUGGCGACAUGAUUUUCUUAAAUGAGCUUUGGCUGGAGACAGAAUGGUCGAGAGCCAACGUCCAACUGUCCCUUAAAUUCAAGAUGCACUUGAGAACCGUGUCCAUGUCUCAUCUGCAAACAUGGAGGAGGCGGAGUUUAUAAGCUAUACGACAACCAGCCACCAGGUGGCGAUUGAGAUACUUUGGCUUCACGUUCGCGGAGCUGCCGUGUCGUCCAUCUUUACAGUUGAUGAUCCUGAUCUGCACCAAACUUUAAUAAACUCUUUCUUUGCACUCGUCAAAUCCUUCCGCUAAGUUUCAUGUUAUUCAUACAGUAGCUUCUGCAGAAUCCUGCUCACAAACAAACAAACAAACAAACAUGGGCUAAAGCAUGACCUCCUUGGAAAGUUUGAGUUGGACAAAAUAAUCAAUAUGAAGAGAUUAAAGGUUGGGCUUCAUGAACAUUUCUCCCAGUUUCUCUUCAAGACAUCGAUUCCACUCCAGUUCCUCCUCUGACCUCUGACCUCCCGUUCUCCUCGAGCUCAUUAACCACAGACGUCAUGUUCCCGUCCUCUCGAUCGAACUGUUUUUCCCACUUUUCAAACUGGGAGCACAUUUCUCUGGCUCCGGCACGAGUCAGGGAAUCGACUGGUGAGUGAGAUCUGCCAGUGGAGCGGAGAUGGUUUAUCCGACUGGUCCAGAACGAGAUGUUUAUCUCUGCGUGUGCUCGUCCGCGGAUUCGGUGAAAAGUCUAAAUCUGGUUGCGGUUCUUCCCGCUCUGCGUCUGGUGCCGAGCUCCAGUGUCACUCAACAGGCUCGUCCAAACCAUCAUCUGCAUAAACAGGAACUAAGAAAACUCCUGACCCCCCCCCCCGACCUGCAGCCAACAUGCCGCUCUCUGCCCCUCUGUAAUGUCUCUGACUCACAGUUGCCCCCCCGUGACCGACACCUCGCCCUGUGUCCUGCAUGACGCCCGGGAACAUCUCGACUUCUCGCUGCUCGCCUCCUGUUUUCUGCUGAUGCUUCAUUCUUUCCGCGGCACCGGCGGUUUGGCCGUCCAGGGUUGUUUGUUUCCCCGUCGUCGGCCUCCUCCAGAGUCCACAUGGACCUGGGGGGUCGGCCAGAGCUGUGCCGGGGCUUUCAUUACGAAACACGGUGCUGACACGAGGUGAUUCAUGGAUGAAGCUGGGAGGACUUGGCUCCGGGUGGGGAAUCGAACACCUGACUACACACUAACAGAUCUGCUGGUGGCUCCGGCAUCAGGAAGCUGCUCAACUGGUUCUGUUCUGGUCUUUACUUAAGCUUUUCUGAAAAUAAGGAUUAAUUUGGCUCAUUGUGUGUCUGUGGGUGCACUCGUACUUAUAUCUCUGUGAGGACCUUUACUGAUCCUCACUUUUACCAAAGGCUGUUUUAGGGUUAACACUUGACACCAAUGAGAGUCCCCACAAAGAUAGAAGUAUAAAUUGAUUAAAUAACUAUAAGAUGAAUUAUCGACACAACAAAAUUAUUUCAGUCCACCAAGGUUAUUAAACCACCACCAUAAGAACCAUUAUCUUUAUAAAAUAAAGGUUUACAAGCUCAGUCAUUUAAGUUUGUUUAACAUUGUCGUGAAUCUAUUUACUAACACUAAUUUGUGAGAAACUUUAAAACUGCAUUUCUGCUAUAUUAUCGGCUACUG